AUGGCAGGCCUCGCCCCCGAUGCCGCCAUCGCGAGCACAUCUUUCUUCAAUAUCUUCAGCGAUGCGCCUUUCCAGAUGAAUGCACCGGCAUUGCCUUCAGGCGCUUGCAACUUCACGGACCUGAGUCAUGGUCCCAAUGGCCCAAAAUGUGGAUGCCGUCGGUUCUGGAGUCGCGCAUCGUCUGCUGGCUUUAAUGGCGCCAGCCCAGCUGGAGAGAACGGCGCCGACGCGGCUGACCAAGGAACGUGGUGUAUGUGCUCGCAUCACGCUUGUUUCCAUGACGAUGUUCGUGAAGCUCCGACUUCUGCGGUCGUGCCCGUUAGUCCCGGGUAUGCUCUAGCCUAUGGCCAGGAGAACGAAAGGCCUCGAGGCAAUCGCGAGCCUCUCACUCCCGUGCUACCUGAGCUUUCCUUCGCGUUACCAUCAAAACCAUGCCCGCCAAGCCAGUUCGAAUCAACAAGUCAUCAAGAGAGGAGAUCAGACAUGGAGUAUCCGAUGCACAGUAGGGCACAUACGCCGCCGCAGGCUGAGGCACCUAUGCCGCAGCUUUCAUCUCUCCCAGAUACCCAGGUCUGGACAGAUUAUCUCAGAUCACAGCCAGACCCGGCCAACUUAUUACCUCCGAUCCCCAGCCAAUGCAUGAUGCCAUCGCAGCCUAGCUCGACAACAUCUUCAGUCCGAAGGGAAUACUUGCGACCGUUUCAAGGAAAGGGACUCCAGACCUUUAAUGGACCUAAAUCGCGCCUUCAAGAGCCGCCAUUACUGGCGAUUGAGGCCACGGGGGAUCAAGAAGAUGAUCAUCACAGCACAAUUUCAAAUGUGAAUGCAGAUGACCAACAGACUGUCACCAACACUCCACGUUCCACGCGGACCCUCGAGGCUCGCGAUCAGCCCAGUCAGCCGCCGCCCUUUCCAGGCUUCUUCAAGGACACACUUCAACAGCUUACAUCGACCGUGCACGGACAUGAUCAGAGGCUGGAGCGCCUCGAGAAUGUGUCGUUCACUGCUGACAAUCACGACGAAUGCGUGGAGAAGCAUGACCAAGCCGAUCUGCGAAUGACCGAGGUUGAAUUUCGUGUCGGUGAACUGGAGAAGAUGCUCAAUGAAUCCAGCAAGGUGGACGAAUCCACACAGAGCGUCUCGUCGCUGUGUUCUAGCAGCAGUGGCAGAAUAAUGGACCGAGGUGAGAUCUGUAGUGAGCUGCGGGUCCUUCGGGCUGAGCUCAGCCAGCUCCGAACCCUGUCGUCGUCGACAUGUUACACAAACCCUUGGGAGGUCGAGGUCGUGUUACUGCCUUUCGGUCUCAAAGGUGUCUGGAUGGCGGCGCAUGAUUUCAGUACCCAGCGAGCUUCGAGCGGCAGCAACACAAACAGCAUCAGCAUGCCCCCAGACGAAUGGACGCAACUACCCAGCAGCGGUCCAACAUAUGACCCGCAGAGUCCUGAGCUACCGGAGUGGGCAGGGCCCGAGUUGGACUCUGACUGGCUCCUGCCUCGAGCCGUCGCCCCAGAUCGAGUGAUAGACAAGAGACUACGAAGUAGGGGUCUGGUCAAGCUUGUUCAGGUCAGGGGUCCUGAUGCCCGCAGUGUGCAACAGGCCAUUACCGACGCCUUCGGUCCCUUGCUACGCACUCUCUCGCGGAUGCAGGCCAAAGUCCACCAUGGUUCGACUUACCACCAUCGCGUCGCCAACUACCACGGCCUGCAACGAUCUUGGGUUCCUCUGCGGAAGAAGCACAAAGACUCCAGGCUGCACUUCCUCGCGCCAGAGGAGAUGGUCACACCUGUUGCCUGGAAUGUAGAGUUCCUCACGUCCAGUGUUGUCAUGAAGGCUACUGGUGUACAGAGGCUGUUCAUAACACACCCCGAGUCAUAUGUUCAAGAUCAGAGCGCGUACGACACCUGUUGGAGCUGGCAGCGGCUACGGGAGCUGAGCCGCGUAUACCCAGAUUCGCAAAGUAGCCAGGAUGUGCCGGAGGCGGAUGCGAUGGAGGACUGCUGGGCGUGGACAGACCGACUCGAUGAGCAAUCGCCAAGUAUCAACAGCUCGCAGUCACACCAUCAAACUUUCAGUCUUCGGCAAGCGGCGCAGAUUCGGUAUCGCUCAGCAUCACUGUCCUCGCAAGCACUGCUGACCAGCAUCUCGAGACCGGGUUCCUCAAUGCAUGGACGGCGAGCAGCAUCACCGCGGGUAUCAAUACCUCCGUUCAGAGACGCACGGAGCUCACCGGGGCCGCGGAGACCAGUAUCCGUGCCUCCGCAAUCGCAGUCCCUGGUCUCGCCGUUGAUGCCGCCACAUCGACGUGUGUCUUCGCACACGGCCAUGCAUGUCUCAGAUCGUCGUCCGUCGCCCCUGACAGUUCGCCCAAGCAUGUCAGCAGCUUACAUGCACGCCGCGAAGCGGCAUGGCACCAGGUCACCAGGACUACGGCAACGCCAGACACCACGGUGGAGCACGUCAAGUCCAAGCCCUAUGCCAGAUGCCUACCAUCCUGGCCGGGCUACAACACCAUUCUAUGCAACACCGUAUAGUAUUGCUCCUAUCGCGGAACAUAGGGAAGACCGCGGCGUGGGUGGCCCAAUCAGCGGGAGGAGACCAGUCCGAGAUGUUGAAGUUUUCGAGGAUCCUAGCGGUACAGGCGUGCCCAUGCUAGACUACGACACAUCAUUCGAGCUCAACCAGAGCUUCCAAACCGACAGAAGCGACCAGAGCGGCUUCGACUCGUCACAAGACGCAGAUGCACAGCGCCCACUCCCCGAGGACGAGCCGUGGCCUGGCAUUGAAGAUGCGGAGAACCGGGACCCUGAGUUACAAGGCAGCAUGGACGGGGGGAGACAAACGAGCAGUGAUUUUGGAGACGAUCUCGACAUUGAUAUACAUGUGGACGAAGACGCAAUGAGCGACGGCGAGAGUUCUGCCGUCAGCGACGCUUCGAGCGUGCCAAGCGAGUAUCCCAGCACACAGAGAGCAUGGACCACUGCGCCGGACGGCGCCUUUGCCGUAUACGAGGACAAAACUGGCACCAAGGCUUGA